AUGCAGCCUGGUGUGGUCCCUUAUACUGGCUACCCCGUUCCUCUGAAGACUUCUCCCGAUCCGGAGCCCAGCGCGUCUGCUACCCCUACAGUCCCGGAAGUCACCCCUGAUGUAGCAUCGACUGCUCUGCGGCGACUGAUCUCCUCUGAGCUACAGAAUGAGGGAUUUGAUGCAGCAGAGCCUGCUGCGAUGGGAUGGCUUGAGAAUGAGUUUGUGGCUUUCAUUGACAAUCUUCAUCGUCGAGCUCAAGAGUACGCCAAUCUUGCGAGUAGAGCUGCUCCUUUGGCCAAAGACGUUAUCCUUGCUUGCGACGAGUUUGGACUCAACCGUGACGAUCUGCGCACUUUGGCGGAUGAAGAGAAAGAGAGGAAAAAAUCAAAAAACGUUGUCCUCCCUAAACCGCUGACUGUUGUUCCUGCUCUUCCGGAGCCUCCUCUACCCGACCUUCUGCCAUCAGACGACGAAGGCUCUAUCCCUGUGAUACCUGCUACGCUUCGUGCCAUACCGCACUUCCAUCCCGCCCUCCCGCCCAAACAUACCUAUCUUCGGACACCUCCUUCACCACCAAAGAAACAGGCACUUCCCUCCUUAGAGAAGAAGUUGAAGAACGCAAGUUUAGUCCAAGAGUCACUCAAGAACCUUUUACUUGCGACAGAAGACACGUCGGGCCCAGAUGAUGGCGAGUUGCUUGGUGCGAUUGUCAAUUGGGAAGCUCAAGGGCAACAGAGGAAGCGUUGGAAGUUGAGUGCCUAG